AUGCCUUUAGGGGCGAGGGGCGCGAGGGAUUCCGCCCGAUGCCUUCAGGGGCGAGGGGCGCGAGGGAUUCGGCCCGAUGCCUAUAGGGGCGAGGGGCGCGAGGGAUUCCGCCCGAUGCCUUCAGGGGCGAGGGGCGCGAGGGAUUCCGUCCGAUGCCUUCAGGGGCGAGGGGCGCGAGGGAUUCCGCCCGAUGCCUUUAGGGGCGAGGGGCGCGAGGGAUUCCGUCCGAUGCCUUCAGGGGCGAGGGGCGCGAGGGAUUCCGCCCGAUGCCUUCAGGGGCGAGGGGCGCGAGGGAUUCCGUCCGAUGCCUUCAGGGGCGAGGGGCGCGAGGGAUUCGGCCCGAUGCCUUCAGGGGCGAGGGGCGCGAGGGAUUCGGCCCGAUGCCUUCAGGGGCGAGGGGCGCGAGGGAUUCCGUCCGAUGCCUUCAGGGGCGAGGGGCGCGAGGGAUUCCGUCCGAUGCCUUCAGGGGCGAGGGGCGCGAGGGAUUCCGUCCGAUGCCUUCAGGGGCGAGGGGCGCGAGGGAUUCCGCCCGAUGCCUUCAGGGGCGAGGGGCGCGAGGGAUUCCGUCCGAUGCCUUCAGGGGCGAGGGGCGCGAGGGAUUCGGCCCGAUGCCUUCAGGGGCGAGGGGCGCGAGGGAUUCGGCCCGAUGCCUUCAGGGGCGAGGGGCGCGAGGGAUUCGGCCCGAUGCCUUCAGGGGCGAGGGGCGCGAGGGAUUCCGCCCGAUGCCUUCGGGGGCGAGGGGCGCGGGAGGCGCCGGGGCAGCGCGCAAGCCUUGCUCUCGGGAUAAGAUGCUUCUUGGCCAUCACCUUGAAGGCACACUUGGCCCCUCCGCGCGGGCAUGGCUACGCCCAAGGCCCCGUUCAGGCGGACUUUCAUCUCUAUGACAUGGACUGUCGUAUGUGCGAAGGUCAUGCCAAUUUGCCACAGGAUCUAUCUGUGUAUCUGUCAUCCCGUCUGAGGCUUCUGGUCUUCGGGGGCACUGCAUUUAGGACAAGAUCAAACAGAUAA